AUGUUUGCAUCACAGCUUUCGCGAAUCCUCCAAGCUCUACCCGCUGAUGUGAACUAUGAAACCUGCAGUGAAGAGAAAACGAGCACGAAGGAAAAUCAGCCCGAGAUUAUAUGCAUAAGCAAUGAUGGCAAGGAGGCAGCAGAUCUGUUUAGCUUUGGCAAAAAAGGCGUGCUUGGUUCGAAUAACUCAGACGAAUUCUCAAAGGUUCGAGAUCUCGAUUGUUCUCCCGAGAGUGUUGAAAAAAAUUCAGAAGGUUUGCAAGUGAAGAAGGAUGACCCGAAUGGACUGUUUCAUUUCAUUGCUCGAAAGACAGGCGAACAGAUAGUUUUCACAGAUAUUUGUGUCGAUAAGGCGGGGGUACCUUGUAAAGUUUCAGUCGAAAGCCAAAAGGAUGAUUGUGCCACGGGAUUUCUAGCUCUGCAGAAGCCUCCCGGGGACGAAAACUUGGCGGGCCAUACUGCAAUAUCAACGCUCGAGCCUGAAACCGAGCCCUCUCAGGAAGAAGGGAAUCCCGAGUUGCAAGAAGUAGCUAAUAGCGAGGAAAAGGCGAAAGGAAACCGUUCAAUUACUAGCAGGGGGGAUGAAUAUGGUGAGGGAGAGGCUAGUUUUUCUGGGCUCGGUUCGGUUACUUACUCGGGCUUGAUACCAUAUUCUGGGAGCAUUUCUGUUCGAUCGGAUAGCAGCACAACUAGCACGAGAUCCUUCGCGUUCCCAAUAUUACAAUCAGAGUGGAAUAGCAGUCCUGUGAAAAUGAGGAAAUCAGAUAGGAGAUUGCAGAAGCAUAAUAGGGGUUGGAGGCUGCAGGGUCUUCUUUGCUGUAGAUUCUAAAUUCAUUUAUAAAUACAUCAGAUCUCACCCACAAGCUUAUAUUGCAUGGGUAUUUUGUAAGUAUAUAAUUUAGUUUAUGAAUCUUAGGCUAGCUUGCAGACCAUGUCUUAACACCUCUAUUCUGUUUCAGUUCAGAAGAACUACAUUGCAUUAUCUAGCAAAUCAUUUUUGUUCGAA